AUGCUCGCUCGUGUUGCUGCCGUCUCUGUCCUUGCUCUCUCUGCUCUCACUGUGAAAGCGGACCCUAUCCCCGCCCCGCAAAUCGACAGUUUGAUCUCGUCCGUCGUCGGAGGCGCCUCAUCGAUCGCAGAGGGUGUCACAAGUGCAGUAGGAAACGGUGGAGAGGGCGUUUUCAGCUUCGUUUCGAGCGUUGGCGGCCAGGCUGCGACGGUCAUUUCCGAGUCUGGAGGAGCUGUCUUCACCUUGGCUCAAUCCGGCUUUGGACAAGUCACUACGAUUGCUGGACAGCAAUACACCGUCGCGACGGGUGGGUUUGCCGACUUUACGUCCGGCGUGGGUUCCGCUAUCAAUUCAGCUACGCAGACUUCAAGCAGAGGCGCUGCUAGCAGUCUCCGAUCACCCGUGUCUCUCCCGGUCACCUUGUCCCUCGUCGGGACAAUCACUGGCAUCUUCUUGGGGGCCGCCUUUGUUCUCUAA